GUCCGCGUGCGCUCAGUAGAGAGCGCCCGGGGGUUUCUGUCGUAGCUCGGCUCAGCUGCUGCAGAUGUCACGUGACUUCAGCAUGGAGGUCUGCAGACAUGAGCGCUCGCUCGCGCUGAUGGAGAAACGGGAAUCCCAGAUUGUGUGUUUGUGAAAAACAGCGCGCGAGCAUGCCGACGCUGCUGCAGAAGCUCUUCAGUAAGAGAGCCGUCGGUAACGGCAACGCACGGGACUGCUCGACGGCAGCGGAGCAGUGUUGGGCAUCUGCUGAGUUUGAUCUUGCUCAGAUCAGAUUGAUCGUGUAUCAAGACUGUGAGAGAAGAGGGCGCCAGGUUCUCUUUGACUCCAAAGCAAUACAUAAACUGGACGCAUCCGAGCUGACUGCUGAUGAAACCAAAACUCCCCCCAACCGGAGUGGUGCUUGCCAUAUCGGCAGCCAAGCAAGCGAGAAAGAUAAGCCUCCUACAUAUCAGUAUACCAGACCGGCUUCGGAUGUGAAUAUGCUUGGAGAAAUGAUGUUUGGCUCAGUUUCCAUGAGUUAUAAGGGCUCAACUCUUAAAAUACACCACAUUCGGUCUCCACCACAGCUGAUGGUCAGUAAGGUUUUUUCUACCCGGUUUGGAAGCAGCACCUCUGGAAGUACAAAUACGCUGCAAGACAGUUUUGAAUCAAUGAGCCAAACCUUUCCUAGUCACACCAGCAGCAUAGAAGUCUGCCGCGUACCUAGUGCUCCUCUGCUCUGCCUGGCUCGGAGCGCGUCUUUCUUUGCAGCCCGCAGUAAUCCAGUGGACAUGCCAAGCAGAGGACACAGUGAGGAUGGAGACAGUGGCAUCGCUCGCUCAGCAUCUCUGAGCAGUCUUUUGGCCACUCCCCUCCCAUCACCUGGAUCCUCCUUCUGUAGUGGCUGUGCCAGCAGUUAUCAACGCCGAUGGCACCGUAGCCAGGCCACCAGUCUUCAGCAUGGCCCCAUCCCUCGCUGGAACACUGAAGAAAUGUUCAGCUUAUCUGACGAGAGCUGCAGCUCCAACCCUGCGAUGAUCCGCAGGAAGAAGAUUGCCAUCAGCAUCAUCAUCAGCCUGCCAGAGAAAGAAGAGGAAAACCACAAUUUUCAGGAGUUUUUCUUCUCCCACUUUCCUCUGUUUGAGUCUCACAUGAACAAACUCAAGACUGCCAUCGAGAGGUCAAUGAUUGUGUGCAGAAGGAUAGCAGAGUCCAGUCAGCGAGUACAGGUCUAUCUGUGUCGAGUGAUGGAAGCACUGGGAGAAUUCAGGAUGACGGUGUGGAACCUGUACAUGGCUCCCCGCAUCAGCGAGCCAGUCUGGCUUUCCAUGAUAUCCCAGAGUACCGAGCGAAACCUGCUGUGUCAGCGCUUCCUGAAGGAGAUGAGUUUGCUGAUGGACCAUGGAGCCAAGAGCCAGUUUCUAUCAGCUCUCCUUACUGCUGUUCUUACGCAUCACUUAGCCUGGGUUCCUACGGUGAUGCCCAGCAGCCUGCCACCAAUCAAAACUACCUGCCAGAAACCUGCCUCCCAGACAGUGGAUCUUUUGGCAAAAUCUCACCCAUACAACCCACUGUGGGCUCAGUUAGGUGAUCUGUAUGGUGCUUUGGGCUCUCCGGUGAGAGUGUGUCGAACGGUGGUUGUGGGACGCAGGAGGGAACUGGUCCAGCGAGUCUUGUAUAUUCUGUCCUACUUCAUUCGAUGCUCAGACCUGCAGGAGCAUGUUCAGCCACAAGGACAGAUGGAGAAUCCAGCCAAUCCCUGCAGCUCUCAAACCACUGAUCCCACCCCUGAAAAAACAUUUCCCCCUAAACCAGACCCAUUAAAGCCCACUGCUUGUGUUAUUGACAAAGCAUUGAACCCUAAAUCUUUUCCAGGCACCUCUGUAGAACAAAAUAAUCACACACUUUUGACAGAUACAAAAUCAACCAAUCCAUCCUCCAGUCUGGAAUCAUUCACUGUCAGGCCUGGAUGUACAGAAAUGGGACAGGAAUGUUUUGGAGAAGACAGCGACUCUGUUGGGGGUGGAUUAGAGCACAUUUUGGCCAAUCAGAGUCCUCUUUUGCAUCGGGUACAGUUUCACAUUGGCAGUCCAAGGGAGACGGAGAAUGAAGGACAAGCUGGGGGUCUUAGUGAGGCGGGGUGUGGACGAGGAUUGGACCGAAAGUUACAUCAAAGGCUUUUGACUGAUAUUCGGAGGAACGAGAGCUCAGAUAGUGCUCUAGGUUACAGUGAUGAUGAAGAAACAUCACCGCGAGAACUCUACAUGGCUACUGAACAAAAGGAGUAUGAGUUACCACUACCAAGUUGUCAGGUAGAGAGCCGAGCCAGUGUUAAUCAUUUUGGGCGUUCUUUGCUGGGUGGUUACUGUCCUCAGUACAUGCCUGACUUUGCCUUGCAUGGCAUCAGUUCUGAUCUCAGGCUCAAACAAUGCCUUGUGUCCGACCUGGAACACACUGUUCUCCAUCCGGCGCUGGAUGAACCAGUGGCAGAGGCUCUUUGCAUUGUGGCAGAUACAGACCGGCUGAGUGUGCAGGUGGUGACGAGUCAAAGGCGUGUGUGUGAGGGUGGGCAGCUGGGCAGAGACGUGAUGGUGUCCAACCUUGUACACACACUCAUCACAUCAGUUCUGCAGCUGUAUGCGCUCAAUAUUGCAUCUGACUUUUGUGUGAUGCAUCUGGAAGACCGGCUACAGGAGUUGUAUUUUAAAAGUCGAUCCUUGGCAGAAUAUCUAAUAGGACAAACCAGGGUCCAUGUAAAAGAACUGGGGCUGGCACUGGGGAUUGAGUCCAGUGACAUUCCGUUACUUGCAGCGGUGGCCAGCACACACUCGCCCUAUGUGGCCCAGAUCCUUCUUUAAAUAGACCAAGUAAGAUUUAUUACAAAUUUAAGGACCAAUCAGAAUGUGUUCCUGUUCUGCAUGGACCAGCAAGGAUCUGAUCAUGAUCAGAUGACCACACCAAUCAUGAUGCACUGUGCUCGACAUCCAUUCAGAGCCUACACCCAGCCUUAAUAUGCCAAUCAGAAUGCCUCUUUGUCCAGCUGACAGUCUUUUCUUAUAUGUGUGCAUCUAACUGUCUAUAGACUGCAUCAUGCACCAAAUUUGGGACACUUGUUAAUGCUCUACUUAUUUUACAGUAUCUCAUGUCUUUUCAAGUCUUAUUUGAAAGGGAAGGCAAGAGAAAGCACAUGAUAUUGAUGAAAAACAUCAAUAUGAGCAAGAAUAUGGAGAAGCAUUUGAUCCUUCCAUUGAAUAAUCUCUCAGCACUAUAUCUGAAUACACAGUAGUGUAGUUCAUUAAGAAUGAGAGCAUAUCUAUAAAAUGUAGAGCCUCUCUGUGAAGAACAUAAGUUUACAUCAGGAGCCAUAUUUUAUAGCUGGCUGAUCUCGGAAGAAAUAGUUCCCCCAAACAUAAAAAUUUGCCAUAUUUAGUUAUCCUCAAGUCGUUCCAAAUUUGCAGGACUUACUUUAUGCUAUUUGGCUACUCCUUAUUUAUUUAUUUAUUUAUUUGUUUAUUUAUUUGUCUAAUAAAAGUAAAAGGUAAAAUGACAUAAA